AUGAAUAGACCAUUAAAUUCUCAGAAUGUUGCCGAUGCUCUACAAAAGUUCAACCUCAAAAAGGCAGCAAUACAAAAGGCAUUGGACACUCUUGCUGACAGCGGCCGAAUAUCAUUCAAGGAAUAUGGUAAGCAGAAAAUAUACCUUGCACGGCAAGAUCAAUUCAAUAUUCCAAACAGUGAAGAGCUUAAUCAGAUGAAGGAAGAAAAUGCCAAGCUGCAAGAGAAGCUUGUAAAACAAAAAAGAGCAAUUACUGAGGUUGAGGGAGAAAUUAAAGCUCUGCAGUCAAAUUUAACAUUGGAGCAGAUACAAGCAAAAGAAGCCAACUUAAAAAAGGAGGUUGAGGAAAUGGAGGAGAAAUUGAUUAAACUGCGUGGGGGAGUCAUCCUUGUGAGCCCAGAAGAAAGAAAGGCCGUGGAGUGCAUGUAUUCAGAUACAAUGCAUCAGUGGAGAAGGCGUAAAAGGAUGUUCAGAGACUUAUGGGAUGCCAUAACAGAAAAUUCACCCAAGGAUCUCAAAGAAUUUAAGGAAGAACUUGGUAUUGAAUAUGAUGAAGACGUUGGUGUGAGCUUGCAGUCAUUCUGUGAUCUAAUGCAACAUGGAAAGAAGCGAGCGAGAGGUCAGUGA